CUACUGCCCUCAUCUCUCCCGCUGUUCGCAUUUCCAAGCUCUGCGAUGACUUACGGGAACUUACUACUAGAUGCCGCAAUCUCCACUCUCGAUUUCAACAAUGCGGAACUCGAUGAACCUGCCGAGCCGGCGAUGGACCUCUUUUGAUGGGUGGGACUACAACGGCAUGAAAGAACGUUUGCAGACAGCGCUGGUCAACAUCGACAAGCCUGCGCUUCUGCGCUAUGCAGAGCGUAUCAAGGGGCAAAAAGUCAUUAUGAGCGGACCCUUCUCGGCCGACCAGUACUGGAUCUGUUUUGAAAUGAUUGCCGAGGACGAAAGCCUAGUUAUUGCCUAGGUCCGCCUGCCCCGCUAUCCCGACGUACCGGCUACCAUUAGAGAAGAGGAUGAAGCAUAUGGCAUCGUAUGCGAGGUCGCUACCAUGGAGUUCGUAAGGCAAAGGCUGUCUGCAAUUCCUGUCCCUCGCCUAUACGUAUAUAAGGGCCCCGGGUCUUAGCUCGCUGCUGAUGUCGGGGCUGUAUAUAUGCUUCUGGAAGGCUUCUAUGGAAAUACCC